GGCCAACCAUUAAGAGAGCAGGACGUUUGGUAAAGUCGUGGUGAUACAGUGAUAGAGACAGUGAAAAAAAAAAAAAAAUACAAAGUGACGAAAACAAGCAGACAUUUAAAGUAGUUACAGAGACUACAGCAGCAAGAGCCACGGAACACGCCAGAAACAUCGCCUUUUUCCACGUGGUGCCGCCCAGCCUCCGCCACCCAAGCGGGGCAAAUUAGCAGCAUGCACGCAAGCAGGCCGGGCCGCUGGAGCCUGACACACUCCACUCAGAGGCGGCCUGUCGACGGUAAAUACUGGCUCGGCGAAGCUUACGAGGAGGAAAGAAAAUCUGUGGCGACAUAAAGGUCUUCAUAAACAGCAGCCGAGACACAGCAGAUGAGGACCGUGGCGAGCUGACAAGAGUAAUGGACGUCCCAACAAUGCUGGCCGUAAUUCUGUACUUUUUCAUACCCUCAGCAACGUCGGGAGCCAUUCUAAACGACGAGGCUGGCGGCCACCACCCCUACCAGCACAACUCGCUCCCGCCCUUCGUGGACGUGUUGCCCCCCGGACCCUUCUAUGACGUGGAGAGGUCGGCCAACGUCACUGCUCUCGUGGACCAGCCCGCGGAGCUCAACUGCCGCGUGAACAAGAUCGGCAACAGAACAGUAUCGUGGCUGCGGCACCGGGACACACACCUGCUGACGGUGGGGCCCUACACGUAUACAUCCGACCAGAGGUUCCGCGCCGUGCACACCCCGGGUUCCGAGGACUGGACGCUGACGGUGAAGUUCGCUCAAGUGCGGGACUCUGGCAUGUACGAGUGCCAAGUGUCCACCACCCCGCCCAUGAGGCAUUACAUCUGGCUCACUGUUGUAGAGCCCAAAACGACCAUAUUUGGGGGCCCGGACGUCUUCAUCAACCGGGGCAGCAACAUCAACCUGACCUGCGUGGUGGACUACACGCCCAAGCCGCCAUCUUACGUCAUUUGGAAACACAACAGUAAGGUGAUCACGUACGACAGUGAGCGAGGCGGCGUGAGCGUGGUGACGGAGAAGGGUCCACGCACCACCACGAACUUGUUGGUGCGCGGCGCCUUCCCCAAGGACUCCGGCACCUACUCCUGUAAUCCCAGCAGCGCACCAGUCGCCGAGGUGGUCGUCCAUAUCCUGAACGGCGAACACCCUGAGGCGAUGCAGCAUGGCGGGCACUCCCCCUCCGAGGUGUCUGCGCUGCUGCUGGGGGCCGCCGUCACCCUGGCCGCCGCACUCAAUUAGGUCCGGGAGUGGGCAGAAUCACCCUCACCACAGGACGCGACGCACACUCCCGCUCCUGAUCACCGCGGCGAAACAAGGACCACUAAUCGCUUCGGACAGAGCAGCGAACUCUGGUGUGGUGCUUCGGAGCUUCGGGUUCAGCCUACGUGCGUCACUGCUUCGAACUCCCUCGUCACGGAACACUUAAAAUCGUACACUCGAGUCUCCCGCGCGUGUACCAGUGCGUGGGGAUGAAACGUUCUAUUUGCUCAGUCGAUUUAAAGUUUGGCCUCCGCGUGACAGCAAGUGCAAGUGAUGUAAAGAAUGGACUUAAAAAUAAACUUAGGACGAGCGGACUGAUGGAAAUUGAGGUGCAAAUAAAGUCACAGAUUGAAAACAUGGGAAAAUAUACUUGAGAGAGACUUGCUGAAACAAACUUUGUCUCUGACGCUCUUAUACUCCCCAACCCCCCAUCCACAGCCGUGAUCCGAUCCCCCUCCUCCUCUCCUUGGAUACCCUCCGGCUCACCGCCUCCACCACCACCACCACCAUCAUCACCACCAUCGCUGGCCUGGACUGGCAAGAAUAACAGGAAAUAAGAUUACCACAAGAAAGACUGAUCCCUCACAUACGAAAUAAAACUUUCAAACGGCGUCCUCUUCCCGAAGACGCACAAAAAAGGCACACACACAAAAAAGGGGCCUCCUGCUCUCCAACCUCAAGGCAAGAAAGAGUAUGCUCAUAAUUCACGACACACACAAACACACACACACACACACACACACACAUACACGUUUCUCACACUAUACACGAGAGCCUCCCCAAAAUUACUGGAAGAUAAAAUGAAACAACGAAAAUCUCAAGGCACAACUUCCAUGAAACAACAGCGAACACCGUAACAAAAAUAGAAUGAGAGAGAGAGAGAGAGAGAGAGAGAGAGAGAGAGAGAGAGAGAGAGAGAGAGAGAGAGAGAGAGAGAGAGAGAGAGCAGAGGAGCAAGAACAACACAGGCCUUACCCCUCCGCCCCCUCAACAAAGUGUCCUCGCACCCAAGCGCGGCCGACGACGGGCCACGGUUUUUCACAACUUGAGUUUCUGCAAAAUUAUGAGGACCGACACAGUUCCAGGAAAUAAUGGAAGAGAAGUGUGGAGGUGAGAGGAAGGGAGGGAGGAGGAGGAAAGGAGGAGGAGGAGGAGGAGGAGGAGGAGGAGGAGGAGGAGGAGGAGGAGGAGGAGGAGGAGGAGGAGGAAGAGUUACGUGAAGGAACGUAUGGCGGGGGAGGAAAGAAGUGAGAGAGCCUCCCAAAACGACUAUAUUGUAAAGAAGAGUGGAAAGGAGGAAGUGGAGGAGGAAGAAGAGGAGGAGAAGAAGGCGGAGGAGAAGGUGGAGGAGGAACGAAGAAACUUGUCGUAAUGGAAAGAGACGGAAAAGAGAACGUGAAAUAAAAGUGUUAGAGAAGAAAAGAUAUGAAAGACGAUACAACUUGAGGCGGAGAUGUGAAAUUUGAAGUAAAUAUUAAUUACGAAGAUAAGAAAAUAAAGAUAUUACGUGCCAGAGGGAGAGGCGGAGACAGUGGACGAUGAGAUAUGAAAAAAGUGAUGGUUUAUGCUUCGUAUCUAAGUGAGCGUGAAAAAGAGAGAAAGAAGGAAAGAAAGAAAAAAAUUAUAUAUAUAAACGCAAAGAAAAAAGGGACUCAGGAGAGAAAGAAAAAAGAGAAAAUGGAUGAAAACUAAAUUAAUGCCAUGUGGAGGAGAACUAUCGUGAACAAUGACAUUUAAGGGAACGUGUGAGGACAAAAAAAAAAAAAAAGAAUAGCCAAAUUCAAAUGCCAAUGCAUUUCCUAAAUAAUGAAAGUAGACAUCGAUCAGUGACGCACAGAACACGUCAGUCACCCGGGAACCAAUAGCGAGGCAGGGUGACAAACGGUGCGAGUGAGUUAAGCAAGAAUCAAGCACAAGUACGAGUUAGCAUAAACUCACAACAAAAAUAAUAAGAGGGUCCAGGUAGAACUGAAUAAAGAGUAACGUAAACACUUUCUUUAAUCAAGGUAGGAGUAAGGACGGACUGGUGUUGGAGAGGUCAAAAGUGAGAAGGGCGAGGAUACUCAUGACCCUUAAGGCUGAGGUGACUGUGACCUUCCCACCACCUGUGUCUCUGAGGCAGGACUAAGUUGCCGGCGCAGGACGACAGACGGCGUUUGUGUGGGCCGCUGCCGAGAUGUACAAUAAACUGUGAAUACUAUUUAAUGCUCCAAACUUAUUUAGCGUAGAGGUAAGGAUCCCCGCCCGGCCGGCAGGACUGUGAGGCGGCAGAGCUGAGUGACGUGUGUUGCGUUGGAGUAGCGAGGCGAGACAGCUUCCCUCUGGCCCUGACGUUUUCCUUUAUUUAUCCUCCUUUUUAUGGUGACGGGAAGUUUACGUGGUUUGACGGGACGGGACGCCGAUCUUGUAUAAGAAGCGAGAGCGAUAAGAGAUAUUUUUCACCACGUUUCGAGAUACAACUAACUUCUCUCCAUGUAGACGUUAAUAUAGUGGCACGUGCGACUACUGCUACUGCUACUGCUGAUGUUCUACGUGUGUGUGGGAGUCCCUGAGGAGUGGUCGUCCCUCUUUGUUACUGUUAUUAUUACGAGUUACCUUGCUUUGAUUCCUUUCCUUUCAUCCCAAUCGCUUCGUGUGUACAUAUUCGCCUUUCUGAAAAAAAAAAAAAAAAGUCGACCGCAUCGAAAGGGAUAUAUACGUAUAUGCAUAUAUAUAUUUUCUUUUUUCGACGAUAUAGAUGACGGUAGUUAUUAUACGUACAAGAACAUGGUGAUCUAAUUUGUACAUUGACCUAAAAAUACAGAAUUGGACACAAACCACCUGCCUGUCUGUCUGUUUGUCUGUCUGUCUGUCUGUGUCUGUCUACAUGUUACCACAUUCUUUCAUUCACGGAACUCAACCAGCGCAUUUGUCUCUCAAGGACAUAUUACCACGAUAAGCCUUAGUUACCUCCCCCUUCCACGAGGUCCUGGACACGGCGCCGACAUGAGGCAGCUGCGGACACCACCUGAGUCCUACUCCACGUCCUCAGUAGAGGAGAUUAUAAGAGGAAGUGGAUUAUCUUGUGUUUUCUUGAUUCAGAUUCUUUACUUGAUUCCACAGCUUCACACACCUACGUACCUACCUACACACACACACACACACACACACACACACACACACACACACACACACACAGACAGACACACACACACAUGCACAAACUUUCCACAUCCAUCUAUCGUUUUUGUUUCCCACUACUCUCCAUCCCCAAUUCUAAGGCCUCUCUCUCCUUAUUUAUUUAUCUUUUUUAAUGUCCACAGCACCACAUCACGUCGGCACUCUACCACACAAUCACCGUCACCAUCACUACCACACUUCCUGUCCACCUUCUCACCUCCACUUCACCUUUUCACCUUCACCUAGCCAUUCUUCAUCUCGUUACUCAGCUUCUGCAUCACAUUUAUCACAUUCACCAUCACUGGCCCUUUGUAUGUCAUCACCAUCCCAUAUACACCGCGUAGUCACCUCCACCACCACCAUCACAACCACCACCACCAAUACAACCUCUCACUACUGCAAUAUCUCGUAUUUAAGAAUUCUCACGUCAUAAUAAUAAUAAUCACCAUGACACUAAGACAUUCAAAUAAAUACUUAAGUUUCCAGCCGUUCAGAAAGCUAUUGCUACCACCACCACCACAAGCACUACCACCACCACCACCACCACCACCAAACUACCGCAUGACCACAUUGCGAAUUACGUUCCUGCGCUCCAGAUUUUGUGCUUAAUCUAGUUACAAAUAAUUGAGUCAGAAAUUAAGAUGCAAUUUUGUUCCAAGUCAGGUAAUCGCCGAAUGGAUUUACGGCUGAGGAUCCUGAUUGUGUGCGAGGAAGGGAAGAGGGCAGUGAAGGAAAAUGGAGAAAUGGAAAUGAGGAGGAAGGGAUAAAUGCGAAGUGGAUGGAAUGAGGCGCAGAGGGAAGGGACAGAGAUACGAAACGUUCAUUAUUUCUAAGGAUUACGUGAGAAAUAAACGGAAAGGGAAGGAAGGGACCAUUACCGAUACAAAAUUCAGAAAUAUAUGUGUGCUUAAUGGAUAUGCUAAACAGGAAAAUAUUGGUAAAAGUCACUCCAAUCUCAAACCUUCAAAUAAAUAAAAAAAAAAAAAAAAAAACUCAAUUAAAUUCGACAAAAAAAAAAAAAAGUAACGAAGAAAAUAUAUAAUGAAUUAUACCAGUUUCAGGGGAAAAUAUCUUGAAUUAAUAGGACUUCAAAGGACACAGACAUGCAUUAAUCAGACAGGUACAUUAUGGCCGAGAGAGGAAGACGCGCGUGACCAAGCUACAGGCCGAGGCAUGUUAUAAUAACCCCUGUUGUUAUGUUAUUGUGUUCUCACGUUCUGCUGAGGCUCGGGCAUCUUAGGGCUCGGACGCACGGCACACGCAGCUGUCUUAGAAAACACCUGCGUGGCCUGCCAACAGUACCCUUCCCGUUCCCAGCUCGGUCACCUGUGUAACAUAUUAUCCAUCUUAACGCGUCUCUUUGUGAUUGCAGACACCGCGCUCACGCUGGAGGGCGCCGCGCCUGUACAUUACCUCACGGAUUGUUCUUUGUAAUGACCAAACAUCCAGCAAUGUGCGGCGGCAGUGACGAACACGAGGAGGGACACAGACCCAACACUCCAAGUCUCUUUUUACAUAUCGACUGUGUAGCGUGACGCCGCCUCACCCUCACGCCCGGUGGCUCAUUCUGUGUGUGGACGUUUUGUAAAAUAAAGUUUGUAAAUACA